GGGGUUGAUGGAUAGGAAAAGGCAUUUACUGUUAUCAUAAUUUUGACAACACUCUUCAUCAAUCGAAUAGUUCAAAUAAUAAAUAUUUAAUCGAAAUAAACAUUUCAUGAAAUUAAUAAUUUGGUCAUACGGGCGCGUAGUUUUGGUGACGACACUAGAAAAAAAACCGCACCGCGUCGGUCUCAUUCCAUAUUUGAAAAUUAUUUGGUCUUGUUUGCUUAAUUAAAUUUUGUGUGUGUACCGAAUAGUGUUAUUUGGCAAUCAUUUUAUUUUUGGACUCAAUAAAAAUGUUUACAAAUAAAAAAAAGUUGUUGGACUUUACUAAUUUGCAUUUCAUAAAACAGACAUGGUGAUGACGCAGAAGAAUGUUGAUCAAUUCAACAAAUAUUAUACGUUUGGCUCUCUUCCUGUUUUCUUUGGUUUUUCUCAUUUUGUUCUAUAAUUAACAUUUUUUUUAAUGAGAAUUUUUGCAAAAUUACUACUUCGAACGAAAUUUUAAUAUCAUGACCAAAGUAAUGAAAUAUGUAAUAUAAUUUUCUUCAGAAAAUAAUUGCGUGCGUACAUGUUGACAAAAUAAAGAUGAAAGGUACCAUAGUGUUCGAAAUGUAUAUAAAAACUCCACGGUUCCCGGCCAAAGUCACCAAUCGAGAAUCGUUUGUUUAAUGGUCUCAAACUCCAGCAUUAAAAUGAAGAUAAUUUUGUUUUUUAUCAUUGGUAGCGUAAUUGUCAUGUGCAGUACAAUUGAAGUCAGGGAGAGCUUUUCUGAAAGACUGAUGAACUUUCCAAAAAUGCUGAUUUCGGAGGUUCGUAAGAAGAUAAUAAGGAAUUGUUUAUCUGAAGCAAACUUGACCUAUGCAGAAGUUGCAGCUCUAAAGACUCGUGAUUGGACUUACCAAUUGAAUCCUCAAGAGGAAACAGGACUUUGCUGCUGGUUGAGACCAGUCGUAACGGUUGGGAAACUGGCCAAAUAUACAUUUUUGAGGUUUUUGGACAUUGGGAAAGCACUUGAAGUCAGUGAUGCAAACGCCAAGGUUCCAAUAUCCGAAAUAAUAAAAAAAUGCGAAGAAAACGUUGGAAUUUCAUCAAGCAGUGUAAACUAUUGCAGGGUUGAACCAAAAAGCGCUCAAUUCGUCCAUUGUUUUACAUCAUCACUUAAUGAAGCAACCGAUGGCAAAUUCUUCGAGUCAGUUUCUUUUGAUGCUUCUGAAAUUGAUGGUACUCCAAGUGACGCCUAAAAAAUACCAAAACACUAUUGAAAACAUCUUAAACAUUAAAGGCUGAUGCGGAUUUUGGGAUGAAAUUUAAAGGGCCAGCAUAUCCGCUAGGUAUCAUUUCAGUCGGUUGAUGUUGAACGAAAAAUCAAGUUCGAAGUGCUACCAGCGCCAUAAACAAAACCGUUAUGAAUCUGAUUUUUUUUUCGAUAUAAAAUAAUCUAAAAAUAUCUUCUAUUAAAAAAAAAGUUAGAAUCAAAUUGCAAAUUCUAUUUCUCAACGCACAGUUUAUAAAAAAUAUUUUAUUUGCAUCAAUAAAAUUUAGAAUAACUACAAUUAUUCCAUUUCAAAUGAUUUCCAUUCGAAAUUUGAAACGACAACGCAGUUGUCACUUGUCAAUAUGGCGACUGGAGUGUAUAUCCGUUGAUUUACGUAAGAUGGCGCUGUUGAUUGCGAAGUUUCGAACUUCAAACGAAAAUCAUUUUCAGUGGAAUAAUUAUAGUUUUUCUAAGUUUACUGAUGCAAAUAAAAUAUUUUCAAUAAACUGUGAGUUCAGAAAUGGAAUUUACAAUUUUAUUCUAACUUUUUUUUUUCAUUAGAAGAUGUUUACGGAUUAUUUUGUAUUGAAAAAAAAAGUCAGACUCACAACGGUUUUGUUUGUGGCGAUGGUAGGGAUUCAAGCGGCAUAUGAUAGCCUUUUAAAAUUUAUACCAAAUGUCUUAAUUCAAUUCGCAUUAGCCUUUGAAAAACAAAAUCGAAUAAUUAUUUGAAUUGCCGACAAUAAAACCAAGUUUUUUGUAAAGUUUAAUACCCCAAUAAAAUUUGUUUUCAA